AUGGCAACGGCGCCUUGGCCGCUCAGCCUGGAGGAGUGGUGGGCGGGGCUUACAACUGUCGGACCACGUUCCCCUUCCCUCAACCCUUCUGCCAACCAUAUAAGGAGAGGCAGCUGCUGGGGCCGUCCUCAGGAUCUAAAGAUAGAGGCCCUUGUCUGGGACUCCAAAAAUCACUGGGCAACUGGAACCACCAUGGCACGGCAGCAUGCUCGGACCUUGUGGUAUGACAGGCCCAAGUAUGUUUUCAUGGAGUUUUGCGUUGAGGACAGCACUGAUGUCCAUGUGCUCCUGGAGGAUCACCGCAUUGUGUUCAGUUGCAAGAAUGGUGAUGGAGUAGAGCUGUACAACGAGAUUGAGUUCUAUGCCAAGGUGAACUCCAAGGAUUCCCAGGAUAAGCGCUCUGGCCGCUCCAUUACUUGCUUUGUGAGGAAAUGGAAGGAGAAGGUGGCCUGGCCCCGACUCACCAAGGAGGAUAUCAAGCCAGUGUGGCUGUCUGUGGACUAUGACAACUGGAGAGACUGGGAAGGGGAUGAAGAGGUGGAGCUGGCGCAGGUGGCACAUUAUGCAGAGCUUUUGCAGAAGGUCAAUACGAAGAAACCACCUCCUGCCAUGGAUGACCUGGACGAUGAUUCUGACAGUGCAGAUGCAACAAGUAAUUAACUUUGUGUGACAGAAGAACCGGGGAGGAGGCUGUGGCUAACUUCAGUUGCUCUGAAAAGCAUAUCCUGGGCCUUGGCUCUUCUGCUAUGCAUCAAGGUCCUUUGAGAUCACUAAACUUUUCUAGAAUCUCUUUAUUAAGUAUCCCCGUUCAGGGUUGGGUGUGGCUCAUGUGGUAGAGUUUACUAGGUGCCUGCCUAGUAAACAAGUCCUGAGUUUAAACCCCAGUACCAUGAGGAAAAAAAAAGGAUCCCCUUUCGUGCUUUCUGUCUUUCUCCUAGGCACUUGAGCAUGGUGCUGCAUCAGAUGGUGGGAGGGGGGAGUAGGCUGGUAGGGCUUCUUUUUGCUGACUGAAUCUAUGUGUUUGGGCUGCUUGAUUAUUUGAAUAUGUGUGUAUAUGUGGCACAGCAAAAGCCAGAGAAGAAGCAUAAGUUAUAAUAAAUCUCUAGGAAGCAUUCUCUGUUUCUUCUUGUACUUCUUCCUCCUGGAGGCAAGCCUCCUCUCUCCCCAGAAUUCCUCUCAAGAUGGUGUGUUGGUGCUUAGAGAUUCUGGUCCUCAUGGAGGUUGAAAAAAGAAAGAUGCCAGGGACAGUCUUGUAGUCAA